UAUUAUAAAAUAUUAUUAUUUUUAUCAAAUUAAAUGGGCUAAGCUUAAACUCAAUAAUAAUAAGAUAUGGUACCAGUGAAUGAGCAUUUAUAGUAUUUGUAAAAGAGUAAGUUUAUAAAUAUAUUUGAAUAUAGCUGCCACAACUGCAGCCCAUCAUAUAUAAGGAAAUUAAGAAGAAGUUUAAUUUCUAGUCAAAUGUCCAAAGUGUCAUAGCAAGCAAUUCGAUGAUCAAUUAGGGAGGAUAACUAAUUGUUUUUAGUGUAAAUUAGUGUUUUCUGUCAACGAUGGCUAGAUAUAGAUAAGACAAGAUUCUACAUAAAUUGAAGACAAGAGGACCUUUCAAAUGAUUGAGCUACAGUUCCCUCAUCUAUAAAGUGUCACUUUCUAUGUUAAUAGGUUUAAUUAAUACCUAAUAUAGAACAAAACUUGAUGCAGCAUUAAUUAAAGAUAAUGUGAUAGACUUUUAAAGAUUAAUUAAUAACGUACUUUUACCUUUCUUUUCUGUACGCCAAAGAGUCUUAGAAUCAGGAAUCAAAUUUUAAAUAGGAGCUUUUGAGUUUCGAGUAAUUGGUGGAUUUCCUAAUAGAGGCAUUAUUACUAGAUAAACAUAAAUCUAUUGUUAUGGAUAUUAUAUCUAAGAAACUACUAGGAGUGUUAAAAUUUUAUCAUAGAAGCCUUCUCAAUUAUUAGAUAAUGAAAUUAAGUCUUACUUGAAUGUAAAUCCUAAAGACAACCAAAUUAUUUAAGAUUCAACCAUUAAAAUAAACUCACAAAAAUUAUUGGUUUUGCAAUGUGAUAACGCAUCAGGCAAAAUUGAUAGAAACUCUGUAAAUAUAUUUAUUCUAAUCAUAUUAGAUAAUUGAGAGUAUUUCAAAUGUACAGAAUUUGAGAGAUGUUAAAUUAAUUUGCAUAAAAUGUCCAGUAUAGUUUUUUACCUAUCAAUCUCAAAAAGAUAGAAUCAAGGAAGCUAUAAGAAGAACCAUCAUUAAUCCUUACUUUUCUGGUUUAACUAGAUUUCUAGAGAGAGGAUAGAUCUUGAGAAUUUCAGAUUUUGAAUUUUAAGUUUAGAUUAUUGAAGACAGAGGAUUGGUUGUUCAUAAUUAAACCUAAAUUGAUAUUGAUAUUAUGUCCCCUUCGUAAUAAGAGAGAAUUUAAUAAAACAGUUAAAUUGAUCAAUUAAUGCUUCCAAAUUUACUUCCAAAUAGAAGAAGUGAAAUUCAUAGAUAGCAUGCACAAUAAAUUGAAGCACUUCAUAGAUUAUUGAAUACCUUUAUUCUCUUAAAUGAAAAUCAAUAACUUCUACUUUCACUUAGAAAUAAUCGAACUUCAGAAGAAUAAAUAAAUUUAUUACCUGUUCGUUAGAUUAGUAUGGAAUUUAUUAAUUAACAUUAAAAUGAUGACAAUCUCAUUAAAUGUAUGAUUUGUUUAGAAGAUUAUCAAGAAAAUCAAAUCGUUCGUACUAUGCCAUGCUGUAAUAUUAUAGAUUCAUUAUUCACUAGGGCACUACUUUCAUUAAGAAUGCAUUGAUAAAUGGUUACAUAAGAGCACCUUAUGUCCUAUUUGUAAGACUGAUGUUGAUACAGAUUUGCAAACAGAAGAAAUUUCUAUGCAAAUGCAACAGUGAAAUGAUUGGAA